UUCCAUUUCCGCUUCCGCUAUCCAACGAUAGAUCAGUAAUCGGGUGGUUCUUUACAAACCAGGUUGAAAAUGCAGAAAUAGUGGUGGCGGUUUCUUUGCUCUGUGGGUGGCAACGAGAGAGAGACAAAUCAAAUGGAGAAGACAAAUUCCUACCCCAAACUUAAGAUAGCCAUCAUCCAUCCUGAUCUUGGAAUCGGUGGGGCAGAAAGAUUGAUUGUUGAUGCUGCCGUCGAGCUUGCUGCUCAUGGUCAUAGCAUCCAUUGUUUCACAUCAUAUCACGACAAGAAUCGGUGCUUUGAGGAGACUGUUUCUGGUCUUUUUUCAGUGACUGUGUAUGGUGGUUUCCUACCUCGCUAUAUUUUCUACCGUUUCCAUGCUAUCUGUGCAUAUCUUCGUUGUAUAUUUGUUGCACUGUGUGUGUUGUUUAUGUGGCCCACAUUUGACAUCGUACUGGUAGAUCAGGUCUCUGUUGUUAUUCCCUUGAUGAAAUUGAAAAGAUCAACCAAGGUAAUAUUUUAUUGCCAUUUUCCGGAUUUGUUGCUUGCCCAACAUACAACGGCGCUAAGAAGGUUGUAUCGCAAGCCAAUUGACAUGAUUGAAGAAGCCACUACUGGCAUGGCAGAUUUGAUUCUGGUUAAUAGCAAAUUCACUGCAUCUACAUUUGCCACCACAUUUUCUAGCCUUCACAAGAGAGGAAUUAGACCUGCGGUUCUCUACCCGGCAGUCAAUGUGGAACAGUUUGAUGGAUCUUGCGAUUAUAAGCUAAAUUUUCUUUCAAUUAACCGAUUUGAAAGGAAAAAGAACCUUCAACUAGCUAUUACAGCAUUUGCGUUGCUCCAUUCCUUUAAGAGUAAUCUUCCGCGUGAUGCGUUGUUGGAGGCUUCUUUGACAGUUGCAGGUGGUUUUGAUAAACGCCUCAAAGAAAAUGUUGAAUACUUAGAAGAACUUAAAAUGUUAGCUGAAAUGGAAGGAGUGUCGGAUCGAGUUAAAUUUGUUACCUCAUGCUCAACAGCGGAAAGAAACGAAUUGCUCUCCAACUGUCUCUGUGUUCUAUAUACCCCAAAGGAUGAACACUUUGGCAUUGUUCCCCUCGAAGCUAUGGCGGCCAAAAAGCCCGUAAUUGCGUGCAACAGUGGGGGCCCUCUGGAGACGGUUGUAAAUGAAGUGACGGGCUUUCUCUGUGAUCCUACCCCUUUGGAAUUUGCAAAGGCGAUGUCGAAGCUCGUAAGUAACCCUAAUCUGGCACAAAGUAUGGGUGGAGAGGCACGAGGCCAUGUCACAAAGAACUUCUCUACUAAAGUAUUUGGGGAUUGGUUGAACUCAUAUGUUCUUGAUUCUUACCAUCGAAGAAUUGAAUGAUGAAGAUGGGUUAUUCUUCUGUAACCUGCAGAAAUUUGCAGCCUUGCCUUAAUUAUGACUUAAUUUACUCUUCUUUUUAACCUUUUAAUUAUUUUACGUGUUUUUGGGUGGAUUAGCUUCAAUUUUUGUAUAUCACUCAUCAUUUAUGCUCUUCUGGUGUUUUGAUUUCUAUAUGGUUAUAGUGGUGCAGCAUGUAGUGCAGAUUAAAAAAUCUCAUGUGGUAUUAUUAUUAUUUUUUUUUC